CUGAUGAAGCUUCCAGAGUCACACCACAAAUACUAGUAUAGCCUGUAGGCCUACACACUACCAGCCUAACUCCCGCAUAUAGAUAGAGCAUAGACACAGGCUGACAGGGAGCUCAAGAACCAAAGCUGCGAGGGCUUCCAAACAUUUCUUCCUUCCCGUUUGGCCGGGUGAUCCUGCCGUCUUCGUCACAGUCCCUGAUCCCUGUCCACCGGCGCAGACGCCAAGAUGUACCUGGUGAAGGACAUUAGCGGCGCCAUCUGCCUGAUGGCGGUGGCGCUGGUGCUCCUGGGCACCUGGCCGGUGGUCCUGGCCGUGCUGGAGCGCCGGGGCCGUCUGCCGCAGCACACCUUCCUGGACUUCUCCGUGACCAACUUCCUCGCCGCGGUGCUCAUCGCCCUCACCUUCGGCCAGAUCGGCCCCGACACGCCGGAGACGCCCAACUUCCUCACCCAGCUCACUCAGAAUAACUGGCCUUCAGUCUUGUUCGCGACGGUCGGCGGCGUCACCCUCAGCCUCGGCACGUUGGCGACGCAGUACGGCUGGGCGUUCGUCGGCCUUUCGGUCACCGAGGUCAUGGCGUCGAGCCUGAAGGUUGUCAUAGGGACAACUCUGAACUACUUUCUCGACGGUCGGAUCAACAAGGCGGAGGUCCUGUUCCCCGGUGUCGGGUGCUUUCUGAUCGCGGCGAUCCUCGGGUCACUUGUCCACCACUCCAAUGCUGCCGACAACCAGGAGAAGCUGGCUAAGUCCCUGGCCAAUUACAGCAAAAACACUAGGAACACUGCAUCAUAUGAUGAUCUCACCAAACACCUCCUUGAGAAAGAGGGGCCAAAGGACCUUGAAGAAGCAAAGCUGGAUGCACCAGAGAAUACACAGAAACUGGAGAAAGUAGAGGCCGGAACUGCAGAGUUCCUGGUUCAUCUCGAGGAGAAGAGGUCAAUCAAAGUGCUGGGCUCCCACACGCUGCUGGGCCUCGGCAUCGUCGUCUUCGCGGGCGUCUUCUACGCGCUCUUCACGCCGGCGUUCAACCUGGCCACCAACGACCAGUGGCACACGCUCCCCGCCGGCGUGCCGCACCUGGUGGUUUACACGGCCUUCUUCUACUUCUCCCUCGCCUGCUUCGCCGUCAGCGUCGCCCUCAACGUGUGGUUCCUCUACCGCCCCAUGGUCGGCGUGCCGAGGUCCACGGUGGCGGCGUACCUCCGCGACGGCGAGGGCCGGUGGCUGGCGCUGCUGGCGGGGCUGGUGUGCGGGCUCGGGAACGCCUUCACGUUCAUGGCCGGGCAGGCGGCGGGGUACGCGGCGGCGGACUCCGUGCAGGCGCUGCCGCUGGUGAGCACGUUCUGGGGCGUGGUGCUGUUCGGCGAGUACCGGCGGUCUUCGCGGCGGACGUACACGCUGCUGGCGAGCAUGCUGCUCAUGUUCGCCGUCGCCAUGGUGGUGCUCAUGGCCUCCUCCAACCACCGGAGGCCGCUCUGACCGCCGCCCGAUGGAAGAUUCAGAUGCUCUCUCUGUUCAUGUACGAUGCACUGCUCUGUUUCUCUAAGCUUGGGCAACGGUGAGCUGGGAAUGGGUGGAUGGAUGUGUGACGAGGAGAAUGGUGAUGGUGGUGGGGCCCACCACCUCAGUUGAGUGAGGAGCUGACGUGGAGCUAAACUGGCUGGGCCACCACCACGCAAGUGAAGUGUGCACGGUUGCUGGGUGCAUUAGGAUCAUUUUUUGUUUUUAUUUCCCUUGUGUUAUUGCGAUAACUAGAUACAGCUUAUGUUGCCUUUGCAAGGUUUCUGGCAUUGGUUAAUACCAUAAAGUAGACGAGCAUAUUUUAGCGUAGUUAAUUAGUCUCAAAAUAAGUACUUUAUUAUUUAAAUUUUAUCGCGCAAAAAGUGUUCUUU